AUGUUUCGAUUUGUUCGCAGCAGGCCGAUUGCGACGGCUCUGAGAGCUGCAGCCGAGCCCCCAGUGCAGUGCAGAUUCGCUGCGCAACAAAAGAGAAAUCUUUCCAUCCACGAAUACCUUUCCGCCAACCUCCUGAAAACUUAUGGCGUUGGUGUCCCUAAGGGCGAGGUGGCCCGUACUGCUGAAGAGGCAGAGGCUGUUGCCAAGUCAAUUGGUGGAGAUGACAUGGUCAUCAAGGCCCAGGUUCUUGCCGGUGGUCGAGGAAAGGGUUCUUUCGACAACGGUCUGAAGGGUGGUGUCCGUGUUAUCUACUCCUCAACCGAGGCCAAGAUGUUCGCCGACCAAAUGAUUGGACACAAAUUGGUCACGAAGCAAACCGGCGCUGGCGGUCGUCUCUGCAACGCUGUCUACAUCUGCGAACGCAAAUUCGCUCGCCGCGAAUUCUACCUUGCUAUCCUGAUGGACCGCCAGACUCAGUCUCCCGUUAUUGUGGCCUCGUCUCAGGGUGGUAUGGACAUUGAGUCGGUCGCAAAAGAAAGCCCCGACGCCAUCCACACAACCCCCAUUGACAUCAAAGUCGGUGUUACCGAUGAGAUUGCCCGCAGCAUUGCCACCGACCUUGGAUUCUCUGAGCAGUGCAUUGAAGACGCCAAGGACACCAUUCAGAACCUCUACAGGGUCUUCACCGAGAAGGAUGCUACUCAGAUCGAAAUCAACCCUCUCUCCGAGACAUCCGACCACCAGGUUCUUGCCAUGGACGCCAAGCUUGGAUUCGAUGACAACGCGGAGUUCAGACAGAAGGACGUUUUCUCGUGGCGGGACACCACCCAGGAGGAUGCUGACGAGGUCAAGGCUGCUGAACACGGUCUCAACUUCAUCAAGCUCGAUGGAGACAUUGGCUGCUUGGUGAACGGUGCCGGUCUUGCCAUGGCUACUAUGGAUAUCAUCAAGCUGAACGGAGGCAACCCUGCUAACUUCUUGGACGUUGGCGGUGGUGCCACCCCUGCUGCCAUCAAGUCGGCAUUUGACUUGAUCACGAGCGACCCCAAGGUCAGCGCUAUCUUCGUCAACAUCUUCGGUGGUAUUGUGCGAUGUGACGCCAUCGCCCAGGGUCUUAUCAAUGUUGUCGGCGACAUGGGCCUCCGCACCCCAGUCAUUGCUCGUCUGCAGGGUACCAACAUGGAGCAAGCUCGCAAGCUGAUUGACGAAUCUGGCCUCAAGAUCUUCUGCAUCCAGGACCUCCAGAGCGCCGCCGAGAAGUCGGUCCAAUUCUCCAAGGUCGUCAAGCUGGCUCGUGAUAUUGAUGUCGGUGUCGAGUUCACUCUGGGUAUUUAA